AUGCAUCUGGAAGCAGGGGGUUUUGUGCAUUUGAUGCCGGAGAAUCCCAAGGAGGACCUCUUUGUGGCGCGCAUAGAGAGCUUCCUGGAGGAGCGUGGACACAAGAGCCUCUGCGUGCGCUGGUACUAUCGACUUCAGGACCUGGCACACAAGCCACCCACUCCUCCAGAGCCCAACGAGCUCUACUACACCACGUACUACGACGUGCAGCAUUUCGAGGCGGUCUGCAGGGAGCCCUGUGAGGUGGCGUAUGCUAGCACCCACUCCCUGAAUUCGCAAGGCAGAUCUCAGGGGAAUGCGCGUUCGUAUGUGUGCAAGUAUGUGUAUGUAUCGGAGAAAGGAGCUUUCCUGCCCAUCAAAGGAGCUGAAGCAGCUGACGCCACAAAGCAGCAGCAGCAGCAGCAGCAGCAGGACGAGGAUGAGGAAGAGGAGCAGAAGCCUCUUUCAGCCGCCCUCCUUGCACGUGGUAAGUCAAGUCAAGCUUGUGGCUGCUGCAUGGCCCAAAAAGCACUUACUUGUUCAAGGCGAGGUUGUAGCUUUUUCUCACAUGCCUUCUCACAUGCCUUCUCACAUGCCUUCUCACAUGCCUUCUCACAUGCCUUCUCACAUGCCUUCUCACAUGCCUUCUCACAUGCCUUCUCACAUGCCUUCUCACAUGCCUUCUCACAUGCCUUCUCACAUGCCUUCUCACAUGCCUUCUCACAUGCCUUCUCACAUGCCUUCUCACAUGCCUUCUCACAUGCCUUCUCACAUGCCUUCUCACAUGCCUUCUCACAUGCCUUCUCACAUGCCUUCUCACAUGCCUUCUCACAUGCCUUCUCACAUGCCUUCUCACAUGCCUUCUCACAUGCCUUCUCACAUGCCUUCUCACAUGCCUUCUCACAUGCCUUCUCACAUGCCUUCUCACAUGCCUUCUCACAUGCCUUCUCACAUGCGUCGCUGUGCAGCAGCGGAGAGCAGCAGCAGCAACGGCAGUGGAGGGCUGCAAGUGAAGGCGGGGGUGGCAUAUGA